UGCUACCUUCAUAGGUCUUGUGAGUUUUAUUAUUAAACAAUUAAGCCCCUAAGUCCACUUGUUUUUUGCACUUUAUUUAAGCAAGUUAUUAAUAAGAAUAACAACAAUUGCAAAUAUCAAUUUACUUUUGGAAGAAAGUCUGUAAAAUGUCAUACGGUGGCUAUAAUAUGUACGGAGACCCACAGGGCGGUGCCGGGGGCUACGCUCAAGGUUAUACAGCACCGCCGGGUGCGUAUCCACCACAGAAUUCAGAAAUUGCUCCCGAAGUCCAGCAAUGGUUUAAUAUGGUUGAUCGUGACCGUUCUGGAAAAAUCAACUGCACCGAAUUGCAGGCAGCUUUGGCAAAUGGAAAGGGUCAAAGUUUCUCGGAGACGGCAUGUAAAUUGAUGAUAAGCAUGUUUGAUAAUGACGCCAGCGGAACCAUUGACAUAAAUGAAUUCGAAAAGCUCUUCAAUUACAUCAAUCAAUGGCUGACGGUGUUCAAAACCUAUGAUCGUGAUUCGUCGGGUCACAUUGAUGAGGCUGAAUUGUAUCAAGCCCUCACACAAAUGGGUUUCCGUUUCUCCCAAGAGUUCAUUCAGUUUUUAAUCAAGAAAAACGAUCCACAAAACCACAAAGAGGUUUCCGUCGAUCAAUUCAUUGUACUUUGUGUUCAAAUACAACGAUUCACCGAAGCAUUCCGUCAGCGUGAUACCCAACAGAAUGGAACAAUUACCAUUGGAUUUGAAGAUUUCCUAACCAUUGCAAUUGGCUGUUCAAUUUAAGGGAUUCAACACACGAACACACACACACACACACACGCACUUCUUACUGCAUGACCAUUGAUGUUAGCUUUCAGCAUUCAACAGCAGCUUUACUACUUAAACAAAAUAAAAUAGCAAAAUUAAAAUAUGAUAAUAAUUGUGCACCCCAAACAGAAAUCUCUAAAAAAAUGAACAAUAUUUUAUAAAUGUAUUUUAUUGAGAUAAGAAA